GAACCCGCAUCCCGCAGCGAUGGGGCCCACAAGGCUCAGCCCCACACGGCUCCAGCAGCACCAGACACAGAGAGGCCCAAGGGGACACGGUCUUUACGCCAAAGAGUUGUGGAGGAACUGAAACACUAUUACAAUGGAUUCCACUUGCUUUGGAUUGACACGAAGGUGGCUGCCAGGAUGGUGUGGAGGCUGUUACAUGGCCAGGUCCUCACUAGGAGGGAGAGAAGAAGGCUGCUGAGAACUUGUGCAGAUCUCUUCCGGCUCGUUCCCUUCCUGGUGUUUGUCAUUGUCCCCUUCAUGGAGUUCCUGUUACCUGUAUUCUUGAAGCUGUUUCCUGAAAUGCUGCCCUCGACGUUUGAGACGGAGUCAAAGAAGGAAGAGAAGCAGAAAAAGAAGUUAAACGUGAAGCUGGAGCUGGCCAAGUUCCUGCAGGAGACCAUUGCAGAGAUGGCCAAAAGGAACAAAGUGGAAUCAGCACAAGGAAAACAAUUCUCCUCUUAUGUGCACCAGAUCCGUCACAGCGGCCACCAGCCCAGCACCCAGGACAUCGUGCGCUUCUCCAAGCUCUUCGAGGACGAGCUGACCCUGGAGCACUUGGAACGGCCUCAGCUGGUGGCUCUUUGCAAAUUGCUUGAGCUGCAGCCCAUUGGCACCAACAACCUGCUCCGCUUUCAGCUUCUGCUCAGGCUCAGAACCAUCAAAGCAGAUGAUGAGCUGAUUGCCAAGGAAGGAGUCAAUGGCCUGAGUGUGUCUGAGCUGCAGAGCGCAUGCAGAGCCAGAGGGAUGCGGUCACUGGGCCUCUCAGAGGAGCAGCUCAAGGAACAGCUCGGACAGUGGCUGGAUCUGCAUUUGAAGGAGAACGUUCCACCUUCUCUGCUCCUCCUUUCCCGUGCCUUGUACUUGAUAGAUACAAAGCCACAACCUAUUCCAGUUCCACAAGAUCAGAGAGGUGAAACUGCUCAAAUCAUGACAUCCACUCUUGAAGGCCAAGAGACCCUGGUGGAUCCUGCCCCUGUUGUACAGGGAAGAAAGAAUGAAGAGUUUGUAUCCCAGCCAACAGAGAAAUUGCCCGGCUCAGAAGUGCCAGUGACGCCUCCCCCACGAGAGGCUAAAAUGGAAGCAUCUCGGAGCAGCAAAGCCGGCGCCAAUGGAGCAUAG